AUGCCUAUCUCCAGUGGUUAUGGAAUAACUCCCAAUGAACUUAUCCUUAACUUGAAAAGUAAUGGAGUAUUUGAGACUUAUGUUAUAUUGAAUACUACAUAUUUUAACUGGCAGGUUUUGGGACUGCUCCAGACCCUAGUGACUGGAGGAACUACCCCAGAAUUAGAAGAGCAGCUAGCUGAGGAGAAUGCCCUGACAAAUAGAUCCGGGUACACAGGCCAUACUGCUCCACAGGACCGCUGCAAACUGGCCCUUGUCCCUCUGAUGGACCCCAAACUGGAUUAUCAUAACGGAAAUACCUAUGGAGAGUUGUUCUGCAACGCACUGACUGAUUCCAGGAUCAUCUGCUUCGGGAUUUACCGUCUUAUGGAUGAUCCAGACCAACAACAGAGAAGGUACGUGAUCACCAGACCACCAAAAAACUUUGCACUGCUAACCACAGAUCAGCUGUAUUGUGUGGUUCCAUUCAGAGAUCAACCAAAUACGCCUGGCUUAGCAAGAUCAGUAUCAUCAACAUCCAUAGAGUCUUUAUUCGCUGACGCUUCAACUUAG